UUUUUAGAGCUGUCCCCCCAGUUCAGAGCUCUUGUGUGGAGGCCCCUCGGUGCCAGCCUUUUUCUUCCCCACUGCAGGCCCAGCUGCGGUGCCACGGCCAGGUCUGGUACGCAGAGCCACACUUCCCGCUUUGACUCUUGGCCAGGCAAAUACUUGGGCGUAGAGCAGCGAGCCAGGACGGCAAACUAUGAGCUCUGAGCAGCCCCUGUACGCUCUUCUCCUGGCUCCUGGAGGAGUAUCCUUAGUUGUCCCACAACCCAACAUCAAUGCAACAGUGGCACAAAACAUCCUCCUCUCAGUUGAAUACUCUUGCCGAGGCGUGGCUACCAUUGAGUGGAAGCAUGUGUCAAGCUGGGGGACCACCAGCAUUGUCGAGUGGAGAAGUGGGAAUUAUGUCAACAUAUCCACGGUCUACAAGGACAGAGUGACUACUUUUGAAAAUGGCUCUAUACAGCUUCGGAAUGUGGGCAUGAGAGAUGCCGGCUACUAUUUUGUCACUGUAAUGGAGGAGCAUGGAACCAAUGCCUAUGGCACCAUCAUAGUCAAUGUUUACGAGAUUAUCUAUGAAGAUUUGCAUUUUGUAGCAGUUCUCUUCACAUUUCUCGCUGCAGUAUCUGCCAUUCUAAUCUGCUUCAUGUGGCUGUGUAAUAAAUCUCUGCAUCUAUUUCAGAAGAAAACAACACACAAACUAACAGUUGCAGACUCCAACGAAUACUGAGUAAUAUCAAAAGCUGACACCGAAGACAACAGUCACAAGAAGCAGCAAGUACAACAGAAGAGAUUGAACUGGAAACCAUCGAGUGUUAGCCAAGGACUGUAUCAUAAUAACAAUUCUACCUCAGGAGAAAGUAUUGGCCAAGAAAGCAAGAACAAACCUAGAAGGUAAAAUGUUUGUGACUACUGCAGAAAUAUCCUGACUUGCAAAGUAAUUAAACCAGCAAUGUCUGAUGAAGCUGUUUUGACCUGGUAAAUUUUCGGUUCUGCUAGUCAAGGUCAGAGUAAAAAAAGAGUAUGCUUCAUGAACACAUUUUUGUGGCUAGCUAAUAAAAUCUACAGCCUCUACCACUCUUUAAAAACAACCAACCAACAAAGCCUCUAAGAUCAACCCAUAAAGGAAAUUAUCAUGGUCUUGAAGGACACCUGUAUUUUGGAUACAGCAAGUCUCCUAUUACAGACAGAGUGGUCAUUAGCAUCCAUCAACAUAAUAAAUUAAAUAUCUAAUUACAGUAUUACAUUAAAAAAUUAAUUGCAAACAUUGAAUCCUGUUUAUUGCACCUGUGCUGCUACUUUUGGGUGUAAGGAGCUUCCUGAAGCUCUGAAGACUACAAUUUUUCAUGAGACAAAACUGACUUUGAAAGAACGCUGAGCUGGUCAAAGUUCUCCCACUUGUGUUUCCAAUUGUUUACACUGCCCCAGGAUGGAUGUUAACACACAUUCUAUGACAUUACUAGAGCAGGUGGUUGUACAAGGAACAGUACACUUUAGCAGGCACUAAAGAGGACACUGUCUAUAAAGAUUAGGGAGGUCAGAUAUAUAAAUAUAAAAUACUGAUACACACAACACCAAUGGGAUGGCAAAGUACUGAACAGUUUUGUUGUGAAAGAUGUCCUUUGCAAACAUAGCCCAGUGAUGAAAAAUCUAUCAGAAAAGUUAAAACAGCAUUACUUUGAAAUACAGUAUUUACAAAUACAGUUCUAAAACUGCUCUUGUUGAGAAGCCACCUUUGCUUUCCCUAUGUUGUAAGAAAAUAUGAAGUGACCUAACUAAUGUUUUCUUGAAUCUGCAUAUUGCACAUAUUCCAAUUCUCCAUCUGUACAUCUGUUGGGUGAAAUAAUAUUUGUGUUUGUCAAUGAGAAAGCAGUAAACUGACCAAGUUCCAAAUUACUCUGUUUUGCUUUUGUAAUGAGCAUUUUGCAGUGUGAAAUAAACUUUGAACUUGGAAGACACCA